GACUGAUGGAGACAGCGCUUCUAAUUCAUUUGUUUUUUCUUAGUAUAUGCCGAGAUUUAUUAAAUCCUUGACACCGGACCUCCAUGAGAGCUGCCAAGAAUGGAGAAUAAGUAAAUCUUUCUCUAUAGGCCGGAUCGUACCAGAUACGCGAUGGGGCUUGUUUUAUAUAGAAUGUUCUCUGUUGCUACCAUGAACAUUCAAGAAAGAUAAAAUACCAUGGGGUCUCUCUUGUUAUUCCUGUUGUUGUAUUGACUAUGUAUCCUCUAAUUCUCCUCUCCUUGACCGUGGGCCUUUCCCAGGCUUACACUGUCAUCAAUGCAGACCAUUUUAUGUUUAAAAACAUUGAUCCUCUUGUGAUUCCCGGCAAAUAUACCAGUCAUAUGCAUGAUUUUUUUGGCUCAGAUGCUAUCAAUGUGAACACCAAGACCUCUGCCGAGUUGCAGGGCGGCUGCACCACAGCCGAGAACCUCAAUGAUUUCUCGACGUAUUGGAUCCCGGCACUCUACUACGUGGACGGGUCGAAUUAUACCGCAAUCAAGCCCUACCGAUUCAGCGCCUACUACAAGGAGCUCGAUAGCGCCGAAAUCCCAAUUCCUCAAAAUCUGAAAAUCCUAGCAGGAAACGUGAGCGCAACGUCCCCUCAUCAUCUCGACAAGAACGCCGGCGUCCAGUGGUUCUGUGACGGAGGGGAAGAAGAAGGAGACUCGGAAGACACGGACGAUGCAGCGUUCCCCACCAAGACAUGCCGGGCGCAUUUGCAAGGACUCUUACUCUUCCCAGACUGCGCGAACCCAAAGACCCUGAAAUACGCUUAUUCGGCCAACCCGAACUGGGUGGAUGGCUAUGGCGAGAACCGCUGCCCGAUUGGCAUGUAUCGGAUUCCUCGCUUGCGCUUCUCUAUCCGCUAUGACUUGCGGUCUAUUCUUCCAGAUGGUUGGUCUGAAGCCCCUCCACUGAAGCUUUCUUGUGGUGGCUCGUAUUGUAUGCACGGAGACUUCAUCAACGGGUGGCUUCCUGAGGCUGCGGAGAAUAUGGUGAAGGACGCGCCGUCUAAUGAUCGCGAGUACUUCCGUGUCCAUGGUCCUAGAGACGAAGACGACCAGGGUUCUUGGUGUGACGUCCAGGACGCUGAUCCCAGCCACGGAACGAGUGACUACUGGACGAGUGUGAGGAUGAUGGGCGCGAGUCGGAAUUCGACGAUAUUGAGAAGACAUUCAACAUAUCAUCGUGUGAGGUUGUAGAUGAUGAUCAAAAGGCAUAAGUUCCUGUCAGCGCUGGUAUCUACAUAGUUUGUAUGGAGUAAUCAUUUUACAGUUCAGAAGUCUAUUCUCACGAGACAACUCCUGC